CUACUCGUUGACUUCGCUCGGUAUACUCCAGCACAGCUGACCAGAAUCAAGGAGUUUGGGACGCCUUUCUCGACCGCACAAGAGGCUUGAGGGCUUAUAAUGUAACAGAGGAGGUGAAAAUGAAAGAUGAGGAAGUUAAGAAAGCGACACAGAGCGACGACGAGGGGAAAGCAGCCGAGAACGGCGAACUAGUGCGAAUGGAUGGUGACGAUUCGCACGCGGCCAUAGUCAACUCAAAUGGCAAAAGCCGAAAUAAAGCGAAUCGCAAGCGGCGAGGUUCUACUUCUCCUGAGGAGGACAUUAUUGACGGAUUUGCCAUCUCUUCUUAUUCGUCGCUGGAAGCGUUGGAGGUAGGUAGAAAUAAUAACUAUUUGCGGCCUUCUUUAUCAAACUAUUAACAGUAACAGGUCGAUCAACGGGCUCUCUGUGCGUCUUGGUGUCACAAACACUCGAAUUUGCCAAACUAAAACCGACUUAGUCGAGCGGCAUUUGUACGGUCGCAUGCAAACCAGACGUUUUUAUCCGUGAUAGAUGUGAUUGAUACCAUUCGUUGUUUUGAAAAUAUUCGUCCUUUAGCCAUUUUGUGUACAGAGGGCGGCCAAAGCGGAGAUCGUACAAUGUUUACUUUUCGCAACAAUUCACUCGAGCUUCAGCUUCAAGAACUUCCUACUACCAUAAAUGUCAAAUUUUCAAUUGAUCGCUAAUACCGAGGUAAAGCUACGUUCCGUCGAAGUCUAAGGAAGGGCAAAUAAAUGAGAGAUUUGAAUGUAAUCGUUGAAAAUGCGCCGAAUUCGGAGUGCGCGAAACGCUUGUCUUUCAACGAGCCCAUUCGGUCUUCGUGCCGAUUUUGAGAGGUGGUUCUUGGAGAGAUUUUCAAGGAGAUAUCAACGCUAAAUAUAUAAAAGCCACGCAUGAACAAUUUCUUAUGUGUUGUAGUCUACUAGGUAUCAUUGUUACUAAGUGAUAUACUUGGGCUUGUAAUUUAGCAAGUAAACCUCGAGCAGACCACAAAUGAUUUUCGAUUGCCCGUGCGGGCCAUUUUCGCGUGUUGAGAAUGAAAUAGUGCUCAAAGUUUGGCCCGUUAUCUUCUAAAACUGCGAUAGAUUCUUUCUUUUAGUCUACAUGUGUUCAUUCCUUCCGGCAUUCUCUAUAAAGACACGAAAUCCGUGUAUCUUGCGUUUAGCUUUCAAGCUGGGAGAAGCUAACGGGUCUGUGUGUUUUGACCACAUUUCGUGGUCAAGAGUAAACCUGAUAAUUCGUCAAGGAACGCCAAUGUUUUAAUGCAGACAGUUAUGCGAUAAAUCUAUUCAUUCGGUUCCUCGUGUGAAAAGUGGCUUUCGAAUACUCGUUUAAAUUUCAGUAUUGUGGCCAAACAUCUUGCCUUUUAAGCAGUAUUAAAUAUUCAGCGAUUAAACUGCAACGAUCACAGCCAAACUCUUUCAGAUGAUUGGAUUAAGUUAUUAACAAACAUUCCACCCUUGUUAGUUGAGUUGGGUUUUGUCAGAUUCAACGGCGUAGUCAUAUAGUUUUUACGUACGAAUUUCCUUUUUUCAUGGCUUUUUGCCAGACUCUAAACGAAAGGUCAUUUUUAAAGUGUGAUCCACACAUCGAAUAACACAAAGCGAAUAAUAUUCCCAAGGGCAGCGUAAGGACAUUACAUUAAAAAUUUUUCACGUCGUUCUCACUUAUCCACCAACACUUCUACGAGUAUAUCGCAUUAAUGAGAAAAGAAAAAAAAAGGAAAAGGGAAAGAAAUACAAGUUUAUCCUAACUCAGAUGCCUUUGAAUAUUUAUUCCUUCGUAAUGUUUCGGUAGUGUUUGUUUAAAGAGCUCGUAAUAAACAGAAGAAAUUUUAUUAAUGGUUUGCUGAUUCGAACUGCAAAUCUCGUUCACUUCGUUUUCUCUUGUUAAACCAGCUUUGUUUAGUUUUGUACCUUUUUACCACUCGUGUGUGUUUUAGUGUCCCCGAGGACUUUCCUUGUUUGUAGAAAGAACAAUAUCCCCAGGUUCCAGACCAAUAUAUCUGUCUUUCUAUUGAGAGACCUUGAGUGUUGGCUUAGAAGAACUUAUCUUGAAUAGAAUUGGACCACUCUCUGUUUCUGUGGCAAUCAAUUGUGCUAUAAAACAUGCGAACUGGAUCGAUGAAGCAUUGUGAUUUAACAGAUAAUGCAUCUGUGCAAUUGACAUGAAAGUAACAAUUUUGCAACACACUUUCUUUUUAUUUUUUUAAAAAGUGCUGUUUGACAGGCUGUUUUUGAGACAUUAGUGCUCAAUAUAUUUCUGAGUCUUAACAAAAAUUAGAUACACUAUCACUUUAAGUGUCUUGAUAAGUGCAAACUUUCAGUUUUACUUCGUAUUUUGGACUCUGCUAUUAAUAACUAGCUGUAGAAACUUAGUCUGUAUUCUCAACAAUCCAUUGUGAUGACAUACAUUAGCAGUGUAAAAUACUUGCUAUCCACAGCUUCUCCUGAGGUACUAAUUUUGCAAGAAAAAUUAUUUUAAAUCAUCGAGUGAAAUAGUCACUGCGCAUGGAGUUCAAUAACGGUUUGGUUUGUUUAAAUUUUUGCUUUCUCCACUGUGUGGGUUUUUAAGAUACUAGAUAGCCUAUGGAUUUGCCUGAAUCUUUGUCUUAUUCAAUAUUAAUUAACUUCAAAUGUCUUAAGAAUUCUCUCCUCUGUUUACUAGCAGGUAGAUUCUCAUUUGUAGUAAUUGAAAGUGACAAAAAUUUGCACCAGGCUAUUAAUAUUUUUCAUUUUUGAGUAUAAUGAAUUUAAGGAGCUCACAGACAAAUAUAUCCUGUACAUCUUUGGGUCAAUAACUGUAACAUUAUGAAUUAUGACUUUGUUGUGAUAUAGCAGCUUGGUGUCUGAUUGAAACUGUUCAAUUUAAGAUCAGAAAUAAUUUGUCAAUUUUCAGUGGCUGCAAGUAGCCAUAAGGUAUUAAAGCUAAGUAAAAGCUAAACUAUCCUGAGAUAGUUUAUUUAAAUAUCAUUUCAUAUUUUCCUGCAGUCCAAGGGACCCAGCAAACCCGAGCUACUUGUUGAUGGACGCCGAUCUCACAAAAGCUCCAAGCGAAGUAUGGAAAAUGGAAUAAAUGGGAAGAAAAGAAAGUCUGAAAAACGUAGAUCCAGGGUAUGUCCCCUUGUAAAGCUGUUAUUACUUUACUUGUCAAAUUUUUUUUUCCAGAAGUUCAUAUAUAGUUUAGUUGUAGCAAAGUGUUAUGUGGCUGUGUAAGAUUUUGAAGGUAAAGUGGUGGGGAAAAACUGAUGAGAAUUAUUUUGACUGUGGGAAAUAAAUAUGUUCUUGGACAGCUGUCUUUCUUGAUGGAAAUAUCAUGCUAGGCUCGUCGUGCCAAAUAAUCAAAGAACCUUGAGUAAUUAAACCAGUUAGGAGUAAAAUUAGUCAUGCAUAUUUAUGGCAGUCUUUCUUGUCAAUUAAGGGGGAGGUUAUUUUAUUUUGAUAACAUCAGGUAAAGUGAUAUGUCUUUCUGUUUGUCUGGUUGCAAACUUCAGGUGUUCCAAGAUGUAAAUUUGUGUGUUAUUUGUACCUCUGUUUUUUGUUCCUGUUUCAAAAAAUCUGUUGUCAUUCCAAUUAACAGCUGAAACCACAGAAAGUUAUACAAUGUGGGAUGCCAAUUACUCUGUUUACCUUUUUGUUUGAAUUCAAUUUCAAGUACAGCUAGACCUCUGGCAAACAUCUACAUAUGAGGAAAGGAUUUUUCAAGUUGAUAUAUUUUUCUCUGUUAUUGAGUGUGUUAUAUGUACAGGGUAGGUGAAUGAUAUAAAAGAAUUGUCUUAUCUAUUGCAAAGAUGUGACAAUUUGAUAAAAUUCUAUACUUUCAUGUUGGGAUUUAAGCAGCUGAAAAGGUAAUUCCUAUCCAAGAGUUUCAAGUUUCAUCAGUUAAGAAGGGCAGUUGUUUAUUUUCUUAAGCCAUAGCUGAUUCAAGUCUUUCCACACUGGAAUGCUUAUCAUUCAGAUUAAGCUUUUAACAAACAUCUUCACCUCUUACUGCUGAUGAUAACAGUCAUUGACCAAAGCAAAGCAUAAUGUCACGGUAAAGCCAAACUCUGACAAAUUAUUGUUAUUGUGCACACUGGAAUAUUCUUGUAGAGGUGGGAAGUUGCUGUCUUGUUAAUAAUGUAUAGUUUGACCUAGCUUUUGUUUCAUUUGAUCACAAUGGACGCCUAAACAUCUUCCCACAUAAAUUUAGUGACCACAAAUUAAAAAAGUGUGAGACCAAGUUAGGUUUCUCUCUCUGUGAGGUGGAAUCUGUGUGCUAGAUCUUACUGGUGUGCAAUGAAGUAGGUCAAUUUUUAUUUAUAUCACUGUUAGGUUGUUUUUGUGAAAGCAUGACUAAGUUAAUCUGCAAUAUGAAGCUUGUUUCCUUUACAUCUGUACCUCUUCAAAUAGACUUCUUGUUUUGUAUUUUGUUCUUUAGUUUUGUCUUGGUUCCAACCAACCCUCUACUAACAGCUAGCUUCAUAGGCACACUUUCCACAAUUAAAAAUAAAAAAUGUUUUGGUACAAGAUAAAUUGAUCUUUGGAUUAACCUCUUAAUCCAGGAUUAAUGGUAGUUAAUCCUGGUUAUUUUUGUCUGAAAGCUUGGUCCACAUCUUUUCAUGAUUUGCAAGAUCUUAAUUGGGAAUUUUUGCCUCUUACUAUAUCACAAACAAAGCAACAUAGUACCUUUUAAUUAAUGCAGCAAGCUUGCAAAUUUAUUUCCUCCUUCUUCCCUGCAUUAGUCUAAACAGUACAUGUGUAUGUGGUGAUAUUCUAUGAUCCAAAAUUGUUAACUUCAUGUAGAAACUUUGAAGUAUCAAAUUUAAUGGAAAAGAAUGAAUCAGAGAAUUGGUAGUAGUGUGGCAAAUUGACUUGAAGGGAGGAUGACUCUCCAUAAAUAUUAUGUUAUCAAGAGUGGUAGCCAUAACAGUACUUGUACAGUAUGUCAUCAGACUUUUGUCUUUUGAUGUUUUGAUCAUGUGACACAGACAAUGACUUUGAGUGCACAAUGAAGCAAUGGUCAGGCUUUUUGAAGGGUCAAUUAUUCUCAGUGGUAUAUAUGUAAAAUUAAGAAAUAUAUCUUGAGAAAUAUGAGAAGCUGGUUUCAUUUCAUAAGCAUUUGAAGCUUGUCACAGUUGGAAGUGAUUUCAUCAUGUGGCCAUUCUAGAUCAUGGUCCUUUAUUUACUUCCUUGUCCUAGGAAAAAAAUCUUGCUUUUGGACACUCUGUACUUUUACAAAUUUUCAGUUGUUGAUGGGGAAUCAGAACUCUAAAUUGGAACUAGCAGGGUUGGGAAUCUUUGAGAAGGACUGAGAUCACUCUUUUUCCUAUGCUCUUUGCAGUUAUGUAGAAUCUUUCAUAAAUAACCCUCUUUGUCUUUGACUUGAAUGUCAGUGGGCAUGUAAGAUCCAAGCUGUUAUUGAAAUGUAAGAUGACAGGUUGUCAGGUGAACAACUUUGUUGGCAACUAAAGUAAGGUUAUGCUUUUCCCUGCCUUGUGUUGCUUGCAUUAUCAGCAUAGAAGCAAUCUAAAUUAAGAGAACAAACACUUAUGAUUUCCUUAGCAGCAUUAUCUUGUAUUUUGUUUGUUCUUGUACUUUGAAUGUUGGAAGCAUAAUCAAUUUGGUUGAUGGCCAGUACAUGCAGAUUGUGUUAGAGGGACAAAAAUUUAAAUUUGUUCUAGCAAAAACCAAUUUUGAACAAUCUGUUGCAUUUCAAACUAUGCUACAUGUAAAUAGAAAAGUCAUCAGAAGUUGUUGGUUGUUUUGUCAUCUUUGGCUCAUAAAUAUGUGGAUUGUCAAAAGAGAAUAGUGGCCAACCACUCAACUGGUUACGCCCAAACACUGGUAUCCAGAUUGUCCUUAAUCUCCUCUGUAUAUUUCCUCUGGCACUGACAAGGAGAACUCAUUCCAGAAUCAAAGCUUCUUAAGUUGGCAAUCAUUUGCUUUGUUCUGCUGAUCUUAAUAAAUGAUUCAGCAGUAGUGCUUUGUAGCGCUCAGUAGUGCCACAGUUUAUAUGUAUCUAGUACCAUGGCUAACUUUUUUGGACCUAUUAACUCCACUGAUUGUUGAUCUUAAAUCAACUCACUGAUACAUGUAUGUGUACCUUUUUUAUUGAUCAGAUGCAUCAUGAUCCUAAACCUAAAGACACAGAUUCAGAGGAUGAAGCAGGUGUAGAGAGGAAGAAACCUGAGGGUUCUUGGUUCCCUCCCAAGCGAGAAAAAGGAUCAAACACUAGUGACGUGAGUAGUACAAUUAUAUUUUCCAUAGUUAAAUCUUUUUUUUGUGUGUCUUAAGCCUAUGCCUUGCUUGUUGAAGAGUUUGGAGAGCAAUAAUUACAUUGGGAAAAAAUUUCAUAUGACUUUAUCUGUAACUCUGAAUGGAGUGGAAACUUAAAAGUAUUGGAUGUAUAAAUGAAAAAUGUCUUAAGUUCAAAGAGGAAGGGUGGGUAAAUAAUUUAUGACAUAUUUCUACGAGACAAGUCCUCCUGAGAGGGACAGGAAGAGAAAGGGUUUGUGUGGCAACAUGGUUUGAGUGGACAUAGAAGUCAAAUAAGCAGUGGUCAGGAGUUGUAUGACUAAAGUUACUGUAAAUUGAGAGGAGUCAUUGAUUAACUGUGCCAGGUGUAAUAUUUAUUUGCUGUCACUCUAAAAGUAAACUUUUCACUUUAUUUGAAAGUUUCUGGCAUGAUUGAGUUUACUGUGUACCUAUUCAUAUUUGGAUAUGGAUACAACCUUUGAUUCUUGCCAUAAAUACUGUCAUAUUUUCUAUUCAAGCACCAGCAUAUUGUCGCAAGCUAUGUUCUACAGGGUAUUUGGGAGUCAGAUUAUACUUGACUAACAAUCAGACAUAAAUGCUUGAAGGAAUAUCAAUUCGCAUUUCACAAAACAGGUUAUGAAGUUCAACUGGAUUUCAUACAUAGUUUCCUUUGGGCCAGCUGAAUUUUCUCUCAUGGAACAUUGUCUUAAACUUGUUAAGCAUAUGAAUUUUUUCUGAUCUUUUAUUGAUCUUUCGACAGGACAAUUCAGACUCUGCAAGUUCAGACAAAGGUUACUGGGUAUGUUUUGUUCCGUUGAAUCAUUUUUGUUUACUUUUCUGCUGUGAAUGUGUUUCUAAAGGCUAGUGUACAGCUGAAACAUCAGCAUGCAUAGUCCUUUAUAAUUUCCUUUCAGAGUUACUUUUAUGAUUCAAAUGUGUCAACUUGUAACUUUUUUUUCUUUUCUCUUCAUUUUCAGUGUGAUACUGAGAGUGAGGGGGAAAGGGUAAGAAUCAUCUUUAAAUGUCAAUUUUGGUAGAGGCAAACUGCAGUUGAGUCAAGGCAGUGAAUUCAGUUUUCAGCCAUUGUGUAUGUAAAUUUUCAGAACAGCAAAAAUGCCUGAAGGUAAUUUGAUUAACACAAAGGUACCAAUGAAAGCUGGUUACUAAACUGCUUUAGCCACUUAUGUUAGACCUCCUACAGCUUUUUGUAAUGAUUUUAUCUAUGAUAUUUAAAUGGCCCAUUUCAUGGAAACAGCUAACAAUUCCAUUACCCGCUAACCCUAAGCAAAAUGUUCUUGAGAUCGCUGUUGACAGCAACAAGGAGGGAGAGUGUGUUAUGACUUGUAUAUUGAUGAUCCAGGGCUUGACAUAUUUAUUUUGAAUUACAAUUGUCCCUCUCUCAGUCAACCGUCUUGUUUUUUAAUUUGCCUACUUGUCAGCUGCUGCACUUUUCCAAGCUAGCCAUACUUCCCAUUAAAUUAAAUGUACCAGGCUCUCUAGAAAGCUCCCACCCUUGUAUGAAACCAAAAAUGUAAAGUUAUCACCAACUUGGUAAUAAUUUUAGUCCUAGGUUUAAUUCUCUGACCCAGUCCUGUAUAAUACCAUGAAGUGGCAUGGGUUGGAAAUGUUUCCUUAGUAGACAUUAUACUUUUUAAAUUUUUUACAAAAUUAGUGUGAAACUCAAUAUACCAUGUUAUGUUUUAUUUUGGGAAAUCCAGUUUUUCAGUUGAUUAAGUUACUUGUUUCAUGUUGACACAAUAUGUUCAUGAAAUGUUUUGCUUUACCACAUAAAUAAUUUUUUACCCACUGACCCAAAAGUUUGUCACUCCUCUAGUGCAAUGAAAUUGUGACACCCUAGGUAGCAAGAAAAUUCCAUCUAUGUAUAUUUGUUGUAAAUAAGCUCAAAUGACAGAGUGCUCUUUUGCAUUUUAGAUGUCUGAUAAUGAAUCCACAACUACUUCAUCUGCUCCAAACAGUAAGUGGUUAAAUAUAUUCCAACAAAAUUGUGAGUUUUAUUCAGUAAAUUAAGUCAGACAACAGGCCUGUGUGGAAUGUUGCAACUUUAUUACAGUAGGCUUGUAUUUUAGUAGCAACUUUCUAUUCCCCCACAUUCCUGACCACCUUUGUUGGGAUUGUUUUCAAGUACCCCACACCUCCCCCCAGCCCCUCACCUCACCCCUUCCUAUAGGUGCUGGGGUUGGGGUUGGGGUUGGGGUUGGUUGCUAGGUUGUGGGGAUUUGCCAGCCAUGUGGGUGGUUUUCUGUCUUGGGGUCUGUCUUGGUCACAGUGGAAGUCCCUGGAUACCCUGACACCCACCUGUUCCUCAUAGUGGAGGCAGCAGUUAAUCUAUGGGAAAGUUCUGUUAAUCUGAGCUUCAGAUUAUAUUUAGUCCAUGAUACUUAUGACUGUGAAUUAGGAUUUGAUGUGUGACCCAUGUCACUUCUAGAAAUGCUUACUACUCUCCACAGUAUUCAUGCAUAGUCAACUGGGCUGAUGAUGGGAAUGAAGUAAAAUUACCAGCUAAUGUGUGUUUUGUGAUAGAAGCCUGAAUUCUUUUCACUAGCCUAACCCAUGGCAACUAGAUGGGAGAACUACUUGAGUCUUUUUAUUUGGGGGGGUUAGCCACAAAUUUGCCACAGUUUCGUUCAGCACUGCCAACGUUUGAAAUGUUAUUUUCCUACAGGUUCAUUGUUGAGUGUGAAGACAACAGUUUCUACUACCAAACCGAGCAGUACUGAAAUAACAGAUAAAGAGGUGGAGAAGAGUGUACCAAAACCAUCAGAGUGGACAAGGUUAGUUAGUGAUGACCCCUUUAACCCCUAAGAGUGACCAGCAUCUAAUUUUUCCUUACAAUAUCACCCCUGAAUCAAACAUUAAGGUCAUAAGAAAAAAGGAAAUGAUCAUCGAGUAAAGAUGCUGUAGGAUGUUAUAUGAAUCCUCCUUGUCAGCGCAUUAGGAAAUUUAAAGAGAACAUUAUGGAGAAUAUGCAUGCUGAUGUUAGGGUGUAAAGAAUUAAGGCAUGUUUUAACGUAAUACAUAUGUACUCUUAAGCUGCUGUAACAUUGCAAUUAUAAUUGUAUUUUAUAAAUAUCUUAGUUGUUCAGUUAUUUAUGUAUUUGUAUAUGUGAUUGCUUAUUUUCUGCGUCACCAAUUAGCUUUCGUUUAAUCGUUUAACUCCCAAGAUCCAAAUAGUAAUUUUUCUCACCGACUGUCAUGCAUUUUCUUUUCAAUUAGACCAGAAAAUUUUUUGUUAUGUCAGGGUUGUCUUUUCUAAUGACCAAUUUGUAAGAUAUUUCAGACAGUACUGUUUAACCUUGGAGAGGCACUGAGAUAUUUUUCCUGAGACAGAGCUUAAGCUUUAUAAAUCAGUUAGCUGGACAAGAGACAUAUUGAUUUUUCACUCAUCAACGAAGUUUUACCCUCCUACUGCUCAACUGCCCUGUCUGUUCAUGUUUCAGUUCCACGUCUUCUUCCUUUUCAACUGUAACAACCCAACGUCCCAGCAGCCAUGGUUCGAGUAGUGCUUCCACAAGCUUACAUCUGGCACUGACGACCACCACCACCAUGAGUCACCCCAUGACCCCCACCUUUGGACACGCCCAUCAUGGCAGCCUGUUCCCCCACUUUCCGUCCUUCCAUCCCCACCCCGGCGCCAUAGGAUAUCCUCAUGGACCACCGCCUGGCGAGUCACCUUUUCCGUAUCCAAGUAAUGCACCAGGAUUCAGACACGGGCUCCACAUGACCUCACACCACCCCCCUCCUCUAUUCAAGGAAGAGCGUUUGGACCACAGGGGGUGGGGUUAGGCGUGGAAGCUAGUGCUGAGUCAUGCACUUUAGUUUAGAAGUUUAUACUGCACCUUUAAGCUGCACUAGUCAAGUUACGUGUUUGGUUCAUUCAGUUCGUAAUGUGUGGCUAGGAAGUUAGCGAGAGCAACGAUACGAAAAUUCAGAAUUAGUUGAGGGUAGUGGAUAGGAAAUCUAGGGUAUGCAUGCAUGUCCGCCAAGACGCUAACGACUUAUGAAUUGAAAGAACCCAAACUGGUUUGACAUGUGCUUGUAGCACAUUGAUGAGAUACUGAACCCUUCGUGGAAUUGAAUAGCACUUGUCUGUGCAUAUUAUUUCCGUUCUUUUCAAUCAUCUUGUAGAGCGCAGGGCAAAAAAAAAUCGCCGCGGUAGAUUUUCAGAACGCGAAUUUAGAGGGGUGAUGAAGGAGAAGAGGAAACGCACCGUGGUUGGACUCGCUCUCCGCGCUCGAUCACGCUCCGCGCUUGGUCACGCACGCACGCUCGCUUCGUGUUUCCUCUCUAAAGUAUGGAAAAUAACGUGUGUGGACAUACUAGAAUGUUCCUCUCCCGGCCAUCAAAUGUUUGCUAUUUUUUUUUUUGUGUCAGUUAUACCAAUUCGUGUUUCAGGGAAGAAUUAGAUGACAGUUCGAUAUGUUAUCGAUGUGGAAUCAAGACAGUUGGAACUUUUGUGUUCUCGUUUAUAGGAGAGUUUAGGCGACAUCUGUCAGAUUAGUGAAGCUUAGUCAUGUCUUGUUUUAACUUUUGUCAAUCCUCUACAUCCCAAAUAGUUUUCCUGCCUUUUUCGUUACUAUGAAGUCUUAAAUGUUUUUCCCUCUCCAAAAAGAACUAAAAAACUUGCUUAUGCGUCAGCUGUUUGUUCAUUUAGACGUGAUGCAGGUGGUAAGUUUGGAAACAACGAAAAUACGUAAGAGUUGCUCGAGGCGUAGCCGCUGGCAUGUCUAGAAUUUCGAGUGCUCUUCAAACUUCCCAAGUGCUCUUAGAUCUCUAUGAGCAAACAGCUGACCUGAGAACUAAGUGUUCCAGACCUUUUCAACGCCGUUGUUUAAAUGUUGUCCAACGAGACAUUUCCUCUCCCACGCUUCAACACGUUCACGCUCUUCAUAAGUGUGCACAAUGGGAAUAUGAGCCCACGCAUAUUAAUUUGUUGAACACGAAUAUCUUAACUUUGUCGUAAGUAUGUUUGGUGGACUCCUUCAAGUGGAACGGGCAUUUCGUAGGCCGCAAAAGUAAUUUUAAAGAUUAAGAAUAAAAGCAAACAAAAAAUGGUGAAAAAAAAAAAUGAUGAAAAAAGAUUAAAAAACCAAAAAAAACCAGUAAUUCAACAGACAGCUUGUUUGGGCUCCAUAAGGCACAUUACGGAUUUAUCUAGUGGCGUCCUCAAAUGUAUCUGCUAAAGUUAACAAUCUCCUCCUUGCAGGUCCUGAAUUUCUCCGUCACGAGCUUAACAACCGUUUCCUGCAGUCACAAGCAGCCGACAGGGUCCCUCCCGGGAUGAGUCCGUCUCAGCUCAUGCAUUACGAGUCUCAUCAACACCAUCACCAACAUCUGCAUCAGCACCAGCAUCAACAUCAGCAUUUCCAUAGCAACGGUGCGCCGGUGGCAACCCCACAGGUAUCCCAAUCUGGUUUGAAUCCUGCUGUACGUGUUGAGUAGAUGGGUCAUUGAUAUUUUUUUAAGCGUAUUAUUUGUCCACGUUUCGUUUGCCGUAUGAAAAAUUUGAGGUUGGUGAGAGAAAGGGUUGGACUUGGUCGGAAAGGGAGGGGGGGAGGGUUGUCAGUUACCAACUUUUAAAAAAAGUGUAAUGUCAUUUCACUCAAACGUGGCUGCAAGGCUUUCGCUGAUUCACAUUAAAUUACAAUAUAUAUGGUGCCUCCCUAUCCUAUCCUCUGUGCUCCAAAAACUCUAGGGACUUCAAGAAAACCACGACGGCGACGACAACGAGAACAUAAGAAGACAAAAGAGCCAAUGAGCAAAACAAUAGCGAAAUACGGGCGUUUUAAAACUUUGUACAAUUCUUAGCCGUCCCAUACAGAAUAAGAACGCGAAAUCUUCAACUUUUACGUUCCCCUAGCAGGGAAACCUCGACAGCGAUUUAGUCACAGUUUUACUUUGAACUCGACAUACAUUUGCAUUGUAUGCCGAAGUGAAGAUUUUUUACCGUCAGAAAAGGUUAACGCAUCAAGCUAUCGGCGAAAAUAUUAGAGGAAACGUUUCACCCCACGUCGCCGUAGCGAAAACUUAAACUCCCUACUAAAGAACGUAAGCACGGACGUUUUGACGAGAGGCGACGGGAGGGUGAAUGGAAAUAGCGUGGGCGCUCCUUGACCGCUAUCAACAAUUAGCGGGCGUUUCUGAGAGGCGCAGAGUAAGAGGAAAUUGAGAUAAUGAUAAGAAGAGAGGGCGACCCGAUUUGAGGGAUUAAGGUCUUUUUCAUUGAAAGUUGAAGGCAGUUAAUCCUUAGUAACCGUGCGUGCCUCUGAAAUGCCUCUGCUUACCCCAGAUCGAUGAAUUUGUCCUGUGAUGCUGGUGAGAUUUCUCGUGAGAGUGCUUUGUCCGGUCGGCUUUGUCACUCGAUGGGCUCAAUUGAGAUCUCUGCCGCUGAAUUGAGAAACCUUUCAGCUGAGCACGCUACUAAAUAUACUUUUCAGUGGCGAGCAGGGAGUAAUUGUCAUCAAGGUUGAUGCAUUUUCACUCGGGGUCUCUACAGGUUUUGGUUAAUCUGGAAAGUCUUGGAAUGAAUCAUAUCAUUUUCCAAGCUUGGAAAUUAAUGAAAUGCAGAACGACCCAUAAUCUCUUUUCAUCUUCUUUUGGUAUUCGCCGUUCACAACCAUAGUGCAAAGAAAACAUAAAAAAGAUAUUUGGAAAUGCCUCGGAAUUGUAUGAUUUUGAAAGAGUUCCAACCCUAUGACAGAGAAGGCUAUUGGGGUUGGAUUCUCCUCGUGUAGUUAGUGUUUUUUUUUCCUUCCAUGUGGCUGUGUACUUUAAGUAUGCUAUGUUUUUGUGUUUUUCCCAGCUUGGAAUCCCUCCUGUUGGCUCAUACAGCCCAGUACCUCCCCCUCUUAUACCAAAGGUACUGUUUUUUCCUGUUAUGUUUAUUGAGGACGUAUUUCUCACGACUCUAAAUCUUUUCUGUAAAAUGAGCGGGAAAAUUCGCAUUCAUCAAUUUCCUCUUCGCUAUGAUCAGUUUCUACUAGACUAUUUUUUCUACUGAUCAAGUCAUCGAACUGAAAAUUUAAUAGGAUCGACGACUUUAUAGAUGCGAAUUCUUUCUUGAUUUGUUUGCCUUGCAAGUCGUUUGAAAACCGUUCCUGAGAAAACAUUUUGGGGAAGGCAUAACCCGCUUGAACGUUUGCUUUGGACCUCAUGGGAAACCUUGUUAUCUCCGUUCCUCUUGUUGUUGUCGUUAUUAUUAUUAUUAGUAGUAUUAGUAGUAGUAGUAUUGUUAUAAUUAUUUUUUUUUUUUUUUUUUUUUUUUUGACGUAAAAUUAAAGUUCUUAAUGAUGACGUUUUCUAUAAUUGUUGUGGUUGAUAGUUUCCAUGAUUGAUCCGAGUUUGUUAGUUUGUUUACUUUUUUUGUCUUUUCCAACGUGUACACAGAAACCUGGGAAAUGGUGUGCAGCACAUGUUCAGACAGCAUGGCAAAUUUACUAUCAUCAGCAGAAGGUAAGACACCAUUGAGCUUCGAUGCGAAGCGAUGGAGCAGGCAACAACUUGGGUCAAAUCAAUGACUUAAAAGGCACAAAAAGCCCUAGUGUCUUGACAAAUCUUCUCCAUCCUUGAAUUUAUACAUCACAAAUUAGAUUACCAAUCGAGGCGAAUGGUUGAAUUUGGGCGACAAGUCCCUCCAGUAAACCACUGCGCGAGUUUUGUUUCCACAACAAGUCACCGCAAUUUGAUUUCUCGUUCUCAUUUUAUUACCAAAUUCAAACCAGUUUGAAAUUUUUGGAGUUGUUUUGGGCUCAAAAUUCUGUCGCAGAGACGAGGAUCUUCACAAACAUUUCCCUGUGUCACACUGAGUUUAUCGUGACCUUCCCGCGUCGUGUCAUCGACGAUUGUCGUUUGGUACAUGAAAACUGUGGACUGGGGUCAACAUUGUUGCCACUUAAACCUGGUCAGUCUCUUUAAUCUCAUUUUCCUUUUUUCGCUUUUCUCAGGUUCAGGCAGAGUUGCACAAAGACCCUCAUGUUAAACCAGACCAAGUGCCCAUCAGUAGAUCAGGCACUUGCCUCUCGUUGCACUCACGCCCCAGCAAUCAUGAAGCGCCGCCGUAUCACGUCCAUGGUCCAGGAGCCGUUAGUCCAGUCGCUACACCUGCCAUUCCUGCUGGUAUGUAUUAUUUACUCUUGUCGUCCCCUUUACUCUUCUCUUUUCACUGGAUUUAAAUGUUAAUAUGACACGGCACUUUUUUUUUUUUUUUUUUUUUUUUUUUUUUUUUUUUUUUUUCCCUAUAUAUUAUACCUACAUAUGUACUUACACUAUACUUGCUUCUUACACGAUGCUUACACUACAUUAACUUGCACUACUUGCAAUACAUAUAUUACAAUACAAUUACACUAGUCAAAUUGAAUUACAGUUGACACGUCACUUUGUAGUUGCUUCUACAAACGUCAACAUCAGCUGAAUCGAAAGCACCCUGUUCAGAGUGCGGUCCUUCUUUUUCGGUGAUGAGGUGAUUUUCAUUCGAACUCUUCGUGGGUAGCUUUAACUCCAUUUCAUAUGACUUACCUUCCUUUACUCUUCACUUCUGUUCCUCUGCAGCUGCUGGUCCAUUUCUGACAGGAACUCCCAUUCCUACAGCCCACAGUACCAACCAUGGUAUCGCGCACCUCAGUGGGGGAUCUGUAGGCAUUCCGGCGGCCCCGCCUGCUAUUAUGGGACUUGGCGGUAGUCCCGUUGGGGGAUUGAGAUCGGGUCUCGGCGCAUCUAUUUCCAGUCCUUUUCGAAGCAUCGGGAACAGUAGUUUCAGCGGACUGGGCAGCUCACUAGGCCUGGGUUCUAGCUUCAGCAGUGUUCAUGGAGUGAAACCCGAGUGGAAUCGUAUGUCAAGCAGUCCAGCAUCCUAUCAUUCCUGGCUGAGCCGUGAGACGGAACGAGAAAAAGAAAGAGAAAAUGAGCGUGAAAGAGAGCGGGAACGUGAUCGAGAACGCGAACGCGAACGUGAACGUGACCGUGAACGUGACCGUAGUAGCGAUCGAGAUCAAGAUAGAGAUAAGGAGAGAGGGAUACCCGAUGCAAGGGACAGAGGAAACCUCCUGGCAGGAAAAAUCCAGGAGAGGGAGCGUGCAUCACUUCGUGUCUCUGACGAGGAAGGCGAUAGUAGCCAAAGGCUUCGAGACAGAGAUAAGCCCGUUGAAGGACGAAGAUCGCCGAUCAGACAUUCUCACUCGACUGGUUUUAACAUCGCCAGUCUGACAAGCGCAGAACCUAAACCGGAAACGUCUUCUGCGCAGGAAAUGCGCACCUCGUUCGAGCGCGAGCGAAGCUUAUCGACCUCUGCCACAGUCAGCAGUGUUCUUUCAAGUGGUAGGAGGGAAGAGCCCAAAUUACCUGGUGACAGAAGAUCUUCUGAGGAUCACGAUCUUGUUAUUCUGUCAAGUGACAGACAUAGUGGUGGCCAUUCACAUGGCGUCUUGAGUUUUAUGGACAAACGGAGUAUUUACGAGGACAGAGAGAGACCUCGCGAACCAUUCGACCUUGCUCGUUUUGCAGUACGCCCUCCGGUGCCGCACCGUAUCGGUCUAUACCCCCCACCUCAUGCUCAUCCCCACCCGUAUUCCCUUCCCCACAGCCACGCUCAUCCUCACAUUGCCCCUCCCUCUCUCUUUGCACAUGGAGGGUCCUUGGCGAACCCGUACCUCGGUGGUUCCGCCAUGUCAGCAGUUACACACCCGCCAGCCAUGCCGGGAUUUCUUCCUCCACGUGGAAUGCUGGGACUAACACUGCCUGGCUUGGGACCGCGAAGCAGAAGUCCUGGUGAUGUGAUCGCUGCUGAGCACGCGCGAACUGCAUCGGACAUUCUAUUGGCUGCUGCUCCGGAAGGCAGACCAUAAGCUACACGAUGUACAUAAAAUGCAGUGGGGUGGGGUCGGGGCCUGUUUCGUUGUGGCUCCAAGACUACGUAUGAUAUAAAAUUUGUCAGUUUAAGUUAGGUUUAUUCAUGUAACAUAGCGACUGCUGAUGCGGGAAACGCCGUCAUACUCUUUCACUUGUCUACCAAUCGAUGAUCAGAGGCAGUCACUGAAUUCACUCAUAUAGUAUGACUAUAGUUUAGAAAACGAGAUAUUAAGCGUAUCAUGAACAUGUUUGGCUGAUCUUUUUUAGACAAGUGGAAGAUUAUAAUUCAUAUUCUUGUUAUUUAUGACUUGAUAAAGCCCGAAACGCCAGCCCUUGCUCAGAAGUAAUGUCGAUACGACUUUUGAUCAAGGGUUGGCCCUUCAAAAACCAGAAUCGUUAAUCUUUUAGGAGAGAAAUUGUCGUUAGUAGAUGAGGGUAAUCUAAGCUCACCAGUGGUUGGCAUUUAUUGAGAAACUUCCAGAAAUUUCCUUGUUCCUUUACAUAAUUGACACAUAUAUUUGAGAACGCCACAGAAGACGAAGGUAGAUGUUUUGUUGCUGUUUAUGAUAGUUUUACAAAGUUACUAAGCACUUGGGUCGGGGAAAGAAGUUUCCUUUUCGUUAGUAAUACGUCUCUCCAGGAAGUUUAGAAGUCCUACUUAUUUCCCGUUAGUAUUUCAAAGAUUUCUCGGACGGGUCCUCUUUUAAGUGUAAGGGUUAACUUCCUAUUACGUGCUACCGUGACGGAGAGAUUACUAAGCUGUGAGAUCGGGUUGACCCGACUGCUAUCACUUUGUAGCCAUACAGACACGCUGAAAGAUUUACAAAAACGAAUAUGAAGGGCAUAUAUGAAUAAGCAACAGACCAAACUGGUUUUUUUCCCCGCGGCGUUGUAUUUUAAAUUCUUGCCAUUUAAAGGCCUUUUGACUCUAGCACAGAGUUAAUUUCAGCACAUUGACCCCGUUUCUGCGGAUUUCGUGUACCAUUUGCAAUUAUUAUCCAAUUUUGCUGUAGAAAAUUUUCUUGUGGAACAUUCAUUGCGACCCUUGCGCAGACUUAUGUACAUUUUGAUAAAUGUAGAACGCCGAUACGAUUAUUUGUAUUUUCCUCAAAAGUACUAUGACAGAGAAAGAAAAAUAUAGAGGAAAUCGAUUUAAGUUUAAGCAAUUCCCAUAUUUACAAGUGAGGAAUUAAAUUAUUUGCCCUCCAAUGUUAACUGUGUGAGAUAUAUCUUGAUAUUGUCAUCGCUUUUUGUUACGUAUGAUAAGGUUCUGAGUAUGGGAAAGUACGUCGUCUGACUUAUGACUUAUUAUGAGGUUUGCAAAUCUUCGCGCGAGAUCGAGAGAAGGAACUUUGCUCGAACUGGAUGGUUAACUUAGGCCUAUACACCUAGGUCCAGCUAUUCAGCGGAUGGAUAAUGUUUUCCGUUAGAUAAAUCGCUAUCCGCUGGAGUAGUGCUCACGAAACGUACCGGUUAAUACACCGGUUAGCUGAGAAAAUUUAACCUUAAUUAUGAUGGAAAUACAUAUGCGCUAUUGACCAAGCGUGAGGUCGAGAUGGUUGCACGUUGGCCGAGUUCUGUUCAUGGGUUUUUAUGAACAGAGAAUUCAAUAAAGGAGUUAUAGAGAAAAACGAUUUCGAUAUAGUAAGAAUCAAGAAUGACAUGUUUAUUUCGAGAACCGGAAGAGAAAGCCG